UUAAAAUUCAUGUCGCCAAUAUUCUGAAUAAAUUUAAAUUUUAUUUGAGUAUCAAAUAUUACGGAUCGAAAUCUAUGAUUUGCGAAAAAUUUAAUUUGAAAUUGGCUAAAUUCGAAAAUGCUGACACAGGAUUUUAUAUUCAAGACUGAUUGCAAGAGUUUAAGAACUCAGAUAACGAAAUAUGUGCGAAGAGCUCAGAAGAUAGCUAGAAACAAAUUGGAUGAACGACGUGCAAAACUGAAGCAUUUGUUGGACACUGAAGAUCAAUAUUAUGAACGUGAAUUCGCGGCUAAAGUUAAGUCGCGUAUCGAAGAGGAUAUAAAGAGUCGGAAAGAAGUGCUCUUCAAGCUUCGAGAACAUAAUGCCGAAAUAGAAAAAAACUUUCUGGAGCAAAAACGUGCACAGUAUUUGUUGAGCACCUGUCAUGAGUUGCGUGAAGCCAUACGAAAUCGUGACGAAAUGCAUAUGCGAGCUGUACAGUUGCAGCAAAUUGCUGAUAGGAAAUUGGCACUAGAGAGGGAAAAAGAGAAAAAAUCAAUGUUUUUUGAAAUGUACCGUCAGGGAACUAACGAGCUAGCUAAUACUGAGAUGGAGGAAAAAGAACAUGAACAGUUAUUAGAGCAGAACUUAAAACAAAUAUGGGAUUUGCAAGUGGAAAAGAAAAAUAAGAGAGAAGAGCUUGAAAAGAAAAUAAAACUAAAAGAAAAUGCUGAAAUGAAAAGAUAUCUCCACAUAAAGGGACUAGAAAAUAUAGAAAGAAAAGCAGAACCGUUUGAAGGUCCUCAAUAUCGGCAGGAUCUACUAAAAAUGAUAGAAGAGCGAGCAGAACAAAAAAGAAUCGAAAAGGAAAAUAAAUUGACAGAAGAACGCGAAGUGCAAUUACAAUUAAGGAACCUCGCUGAGCAGGAGAAACUGAUGAGUAGUGUAAAUAAGCGAAAAGUUGAUAUGGAUCGCAAGGACUUUAUUAAAUACAGUAAACAUGUGCGCCAAUUUACGGAACUCAUUACUCAUAAGAAAGACGAAAACUUAGAUGAUCUUGGACGGCUUCACUACUGUACAAAACUUAACUUGGCUGCAGAGGAACAGAAAAAAUCUCUAAGAGAGAAAGAACGUUUUGAUGUAUUGAAUCAACAGAUGAAAGAGAAACGCAAACGAAAAGCGGAAGAAGACAUUGAAAGAAGAGAAAUUGGAAAAUAUGUGAACACGUUUGUGCAGUCAGAGGAAAAUGCAUUGCGUAAGCGAAAAGAAAGUCGCCUUAAACAUAAAAAACAAUUGGAGUUGCAAAUUGAAGAACAUAGGAAAGCUGAGGAAAUGAACAAACGAGUACCGCUACCUGAAAUUUUUGCAGUCACGGAACCAGAGAUUUGUCAAAGGGAAGCGCAUAAGUACUUAAAUACUUACAAUAAGUAUUUACCUGUGCAUCCACAUUGGAAAUACUUAGAAGCUUGUGCAGAUAAUGGAGCAGGCGAUGCUCAUGACUUAUAAGAGAUUGAAAAAUUAAGAAAACCAGAAAUAUCCAGAAUUUCAAAAAUUAUUGUA